AUGGACGAGCACCCCACCUCCGCCUCAAACGACAACAACUACACAGACUCUGCCUGGUUCAUCCAUGAGUGCCAUGUGGACCUGGACAACACCUCGAGGCGCGUGGUGCUCUUCCUGCUCUACCUGCUGUUCUUCAUGGCUGGCCUCACGCUCAACGCCCUGGUGGUGUGGGUCAACUGGCACCGGCGCAGCAGCCACAACGGCGUGCUCUUCUGCAUACUCAACAUGGGCGUGUCGGACCUACUGAUGACAGUGAUGGUGCCCUUCUUUAUGCUGGAGGCGAUGAUGGAGUACGUGUGGGUGUGGGGAUACCUCCUGUGCCGCUUCACCAACCUCGUCUACGACAUCAACUUCUACAGCAGCUCCUUCUUCCUGGCCUACAUGACGGUGGAGCGCUACCUGGCCGUGGUGCGCACCGGGCCCCGACCCUGGGGCCCCAAGCAGGCCAGGCUCAGAGGCCUUCUCUGUGGGUUCCUCUGGGUCCUGUCCGUGGUUCUGGGCCUGCUGGAGAACGCCCAUGUGACACUGCUGGAGUGGGACGAGCCAGGCUGCUACAGCUACCCAGAGCACAACUUUAUAGACUGGAACACCGCCCACACCUUCCUCUACCUUAUCUUCCAGUUCCUGGGCCCGGAAGCCAUCAUUGUGACCUUUAACCUGCUGACCCUGCGGGCGAGACCCGAGUGGGCGGGGCGGGGGAAGGAGCUGUGGCUGGUUCAUCUGUAUUCCCUGGUGUUUGUGCUGUGCUGGCUGCCCUUACACAUUGUCUUAAUGUUGCUGGUGGUGGAUGAGCUGAACCCAAGGGUGCUGAGUUGCCAGACGGUGGCGAAAAUCUACUUCUCCUAUGUCGUGGUCAAGGCUCUGUCACUGUUCCACUGUGUGGCCAACCCCAUCCUCUACAACUUCCUCAGCAGAAGUUUCCGCGGAAACCUCAUCGCCGACCUGGCUCGCCACGAGAAUCGCGGCAACCGUGUGGGUAAUGGAAGGGCAGCGGCCAAUGAGAAGGGAAAGGAGUUGAGUAACGCCAGCACCAGCCAAUCGGAUGUGGAGUCUUAAAGAGAGGGACCAUUGUAGAGGGGGAACAAAAACUCAUGCGGUGGAAUGUCCCUUUGCCAUGCUUGAUGUUUUAUUGUCACAUACACCAGAUAUGUGCAGUAAUAUAAGAAUAAU